GGUGGCAGAGAAAGAGUAAGAUAGCAGCAACACAGGCAGAUAGCGAUGAACACUGGGAGAGAAGAGUCUUCGCUGUUUAGAGUAUGAGCAUCUUAACAGGGCAGGUCUGCAGGGAGUCUCGUUCUUAAUCUGGGAGGAAGCUUUUGAUACUGUUCUCUCCUCAUCAGCCUGACUUGCAACAUGUCUGACUUUGAGGAUUUCAGCAGGCAAGCAGGGCAGGCUAAUGUCUCUGACAGCUACCAGCUGAAUCCCACCAGUGUGAUUGUGUCGGUGGUCUUCUCCCUCAUCUUCCUGCUGGGCACCAUCGGCAACAGUCUGGUGCUGGCUGUGCUGCUGCGGAGCGGGCAGCUGGGAUACAACACAACCAAUCUGUUCAUACUCAACCUGAGCGUUGCUGACUUCUUCUUCAUCAUCUUCUGCGUUCCUUUUCAAGCCACCAUCUACUCCCUGGAGGGAUGGGUAUUCGGAUCCUUUAUGUGCAAAGUGGUGCACUUCUUCAUCAACCUCACCAUGUACGCCAGCAGCUUCACACUCGCUGCUGUCUCUGUCGACAGGUAUCUCGCCAUUCGUUAUCCGCUGCGCUCCAGAGAGCUGCGGACCCCGUGUAACGCAGUGGUUGCCAUGGUGAUCAUCUGGGGUCUUUCUCUCGUCUUCGCGGGUCCGUAUCUCAGCUACUACGACCUGAUCGAUUACGCCAACAGCACUGUGUGCAUCCCCGGCUGGGAGGAGCAGAACAGGAAGGUGCUGGACACGUGCACGUUUCUGGUUGGCUACGUCAUUCCCGUGCUCAUCGUGAGUCUCUCGUACACUCGGACCAUCAAGUACCUGUGGACGGCCGUCGACCCACUGGACGGCAUGUCGGAGUCCAAGAGGGCCAAACGCAAAGUCACUAAGAUGAUCAUCAUCGUCACAGUGCUUUUCUGCAUCUGCUGGCUGCCGUACCACGUAGUGAUCUUGUGCUACCUGUACGGAGACUUCCCUUUCAAUCAGACCACGUAUGCCUUCAGGAUCCUCUCCCACUGCAUGGCCUACGCCAACUCGUGUGUCAACCCCAUCGUGUACGCUCUGGUUUCCAAGCACUUUCGCAAGGGCUUCAAGAAAGUGUUCAGCUGCAUCCUCAGUAAAAAAGGCAGAAACAAGGUCCACGUGGUGCACGUCGCCAACACCGUGCCCGGGUUUGAAGCCGGCUCCACGGAGGUGUCCCAGAUGAACGAGGAAAACAUACGACAGAAUGAAUGUGAAAUGAUAAACAGGCCUCUCCCAGAGCCGAGAGAAGCCACAGUAACACUGAAUUUGCCCUUUCAGCGACCGACUUGACAAGUUAUUCAGUUUUCCUGAUGGGCCGAAUACAGAUAGCCUUAUGUGAAAGACAUCGCAGAUAAUGUGUUUGAGAAAACGUGCUAGCUUCUCAUCACGAAAUUCACAGUUCUGGUGGCAAACAGCAGAAGACAUUUAAAGAACAUAUUUUUGUGGAUAAAUACUAUUUUCCUUAAAGGGGACAUAUCAUGAAAGAAUGAUAUACGUUUACAAAUAGUGCCUACCAUCCCACAAACUGUGAAAUUAGACUACCCUGUCAGUUUUUAUGUGUUUUAGUCAAAUUGUUUAAAAAUUGGGAUUGGAUUUACCAAGCCAUUGUGAAGAACUGGCUUCCCUUUCUAUGUCUCAUGCAGCCUCAUCAGAAUUUAUGUACACCCUUUGCUUGAGAGCUAUCUAUGAUAUUUUGGACGUGUUUUUUCAACAUGUUCUAGUUGAAACCUCUGUGUGCACGACAUGUCCCCUUUAAGUGUAACCAAAAAUCUGUUUCUUUCAUCAUCUUUUGUACAAGUGUUAUAUCCCACCUUGUUCCUCUACAGCAGAUAUAAAUAGUAUUUAAUGAAAGUGAAUUGUCUCUGUAUUUCCUAAUGCCUUAACCAUGGCUUGCAGCUGGGUGUUUUAGUCAGUAUGAGAAUCGUCGAUAUUCCAGCACUUUUAAGAGCAGCGCAGAAUGUGUCUCAUAAGGUUACAGUUAUGUUUCACCUUUUCAAUGUUCCCAAAGAUGUUAAAAGGUAGGCGACUAUGAAGGAAAAACUAUUGUCAGCCAGCGUAAUUAACUUAAACAGGGUUUGAUUUGAAGUACAGGGUCAUUGACUACGUUUACACGCACAAAAUAUUCAGGUUUUGACCCUCAUUCUGAAAAAGACAAGACAAAAUGAAUAUUCCCUAAUAUUACCAGCAGCCUUGCAAACUCUUCCCGCAUAACACAGCCUUCAUCUGUCAUUCUUGCAAACAACUUCUUCAAAAGGUCAGCUUUUUUCCCCCCGAAAAUGAUUCAUAUAAAGGUCUUUCUUGGUUUUGGAAACGAUCAAUGUUUUUCUGAAGCUGAAAAGCGGUAAAAAGGGAUGCGCAUAUUCCAAAUAUGCUGUUUACAAAUCCAAAGAAGGCUCUUAAACCUGAUUAUUAUUGGGAUAUUACACAUGUUUUGACAUGAACCGUAUAACAUUUGGGAUUUUGUCAUAUUCUGAAUACUUGUGGAUUUAAACGUUGUCAUAAAGUCUGAAGGAAUAGUAUUCCUCUGCAAAGUGGUGCUUCUAUGAUGUAAGGUGUACAAGUGUUAUCUCUUGUGUGUUUUUUUCCCCCACAUAAGCUCAACUGCAACUGUAAUCUUCAAAAUCUGAUUUGAAUGUGCUAGUCUUUAAUCAAGAUUGUAGUCUUUCUAACCGGAGCAGGAUGUUAUUUGGUUUGUUUUUUGUUAAAUCUUGCAUGCAGAAGCUGUUCUGUCUAAGAUGUUACUGGUAUAUUUGAAUUAUAUAUGUUAAUAUGUCAUAAAAUGAAAUAUGAUAUUCAGUUAUAUUUCAAUCUCAGCAUUUCAAAUCUAACACAUCUGAUAGGAAUGUAUUCAAGAAGAUCAAAAAUCAGGUGUUGAAUACUUGUAGUAAAAGUAUUUAAUAUUUGAUAAGUGGUUAACAUUUCUCCGAAGAAUAGUUUUUGGACCCUACUAUAAAACUUUACUUGUAUUAUACAAUGAUUUUAUUCAUGGCAUGUUUCUGUUGUGUAAAGUAUAUUUAAGUGAACAUGUUUCUCAAUGAGUGCUCUUUAACAUGUAACAGUUUUGUGUUUUAAAAGGUUUGUAUUUUGUGAAUAUAAAAGCUGUGAGAUGAUGAUCAUCAUUUACGUGCUUUGUUGAUUUCUCCCAAUGAGAGCAGAUCUCUGUUAUUCUCUAUGUGUGUUUUCCUGUACGCUUGUGUCCUACCUCAGAGCAGUGGAAAUAAAAACCUCUUGUCUUCUCCUCGUUUUCUGUUCAGAUGCAAUUUUCUUCUGAGAGUGUAAUUUCCGAAUGAUGAAUCCUUGGCACAGACCCAUUUUCCUUCAGUUUGUUUUCUGUGAUAUUGCCUGUUCCAUAUUAUGCUGUAUAAUGUUUUUCUUUUUAACACUACAGCCUGUACAUUCUACUCAGAAAUAUAUAUAUUUAUCAAAAUGUUU